GUGGGAUUACAGUACGUUUGUGUUUCCUCAUGUGCAGGUGAGAUGAGACUGCAGCUGCUGAUAUUUUGGGGCUUGGAAUAUCCUCUCAUCUGUUUUCUAAAUGAAGUAGACAAGAAAACUAGACACAGCCUGUGCUAAAUUCGAAUCUAACAUCUGACUUAUGAACACGGCAUAACUCCUCCGGUUUGCUCCUCCGAGGGAAACGGACUUUGUUUCUUGGCAAGCACCUCCUGCUGCACUGAAGAAGAGGAAGGGGCUGUGAGUUCACCUUUGAGUUUCUUCCUCCUACUAAGGACACCUUGGGACCAAUAGAGGGCAGUAACAUGACAAAUGAGGGCCGGCUAAUUCAGGGGAAACCGUAUCCCGUGAGGUGCAUCCAUCCCUCCCGUCCAGCUAGGCUGGAAGAAAAUGCUGUGUAAUGAAACCAUUGCGGAAGAUUUGGAGGGCAUGGGGAAAAAAAAGAGGACCGCCAAUUCUUGCCGGUGCUACAGUGACAUGGUCAGACUUUAUUUUUCAGAGACCCCUGCGUGGAAGUGCGUCCCUUUAGAAAACGUGUAGAAACACAACCUGUCUCUCGUUUAUGGCUUUACGUGUUUCAAAUGAAUAUUGUUAUUUUUUUAGAGCGAAACCCCACAAACCUCCUGGGCACAUAUUUUCAAUCCUAUUUCAAGCGCUCCAGGAACAAAAGCCCUGGGCCCUGUGCGGGCCCCCGCACCCCGCCGGAUGCUCUCCUGUGUUUCAGCCCAAACCAGCCGCGGCUGGGGGCUCCCGCGCGGGCAGGAGAGCCGCGCACGCACUCGGAGAAGUACCGGCACGCGCUGCAGCUGCUCGGGGGCCAGCCCCGGCUCCUUGUGCCGCCGCUCGGAGCCCGGCCCGGGGCCGGCAGGGAAAAGCGAGCCCUCGGCAGGGGGAAGCAGCGGGUGCAUUACCCUUCCAAUUUUAAAGAGACCUUCCUCCCAGGAAACCCAUGAGUGAAGCCUCUCUGCAAUGGAACCCCAGCCUACCCUGGCCUGGGUCCUACUACUGAGCCUGAUCGCUGACUGUCUGAAAGCUGUUCAACCUCGAGACUUUACAGUGAAAGACAUUAUCUAUCUUCAUCCUUCAACCACCCCAUAUCCUGGUGGAUUUAAAUGCUUCACCUGUGAAAAAGCAGUGGACAAUUAUGAAUGCAACCGGUGGGCUCCAGAUGUCUAUUGUCCAAAAGGUACAAGAUACUGCUUCACACAACACAAGCUGGAAGACAGUGGAAAGAGCAUAUCUGUCACCAAGCGAUGUGUGCCAUUAGAAGACUGUUUGUCUACAGGCUGUGUAGAUUUAAAAUAUGAAGGACAGAAGAUCUGCACUUCCUGCUGUGAAGGAAAUAUCUGCAACUUACCAUUACCAAGAAAUGCAACUGAUGCAGUAUUUGCAACAACAUCCCCUAUAAACCAGACAAAAAGACUUUCACAACACAUAUCACUAAUAACUUCAUGUCUCUUAUUGGUAUUUACUUCAUAGCAAUAUUACAAGGUGCUGUUUUUAUGGUCAGAAAAGGUAAACCAACAUUUGCGUAUUUUUUAAUCUUAUCUUAAUAUAUGUUUUAAAUUCCAGUAUUUCAAAGACAUUCCCAAAAUCUAAUUUCUCCCUGACUGUGUCUUGUCUUUCAGUCAGUGCAGAGUCUAAUGUUCCUGAUGUAUAAAUGCAACUGAAGGAGGGAAAAAACCCGUUGUUUUAACUUCAAUAUUUUGAGUAUAAAUACAUUUUAAAGCUAGUGGUUUGUAGCAUACAUCAGUGCACAGAAUAUUCUUAAAAUAUCAGUGUCUUCUCUCCAUGAAGUAGUUAUAUUUAAAAAAAUACUGCAUAGCUACAAGAUUCUAUCAGCAUUUGUUUUGGGGUGUUUUUUUUUUAAGCUGGCAUAAGAGAAAGCAUUGUUGACAAUUUUUACAUUAUAAUUUGGAAACAGAUUACUACUAAAUUAAGGGCUAAUCCAGCAGUGUCCUAGCAUUCCAAAUUCCUGCUGACUUCAGUGAGAAUUAUUUGACAAUGACAACCACAGUGCUGCAUUUUAAAUUGAAUACAUAUAGAAUCAAACAGCACUUUAUUUUACACACACACACACACACACACACACACACACACACACACACACACACACACACACACACAUAUUCUAUCUACAAAGUGUGUAAAGGGCAGUAAUGCUAUUGUUUGAGUAAGCAAAAGACAACAUUUCGAGAACUACACACAUAACCUAUUAUACUCUGCCAUUUCUCUUAACACUCUUCUCCCAACAUAUGGUGUAAAGAAAUUACAAGCCUUGGCUAUAUUUUUGGUACCCAGUGCUUAUUUUAGCUGUAAAUCAUUUACAUGAUAUUUAUUUUUGUAUGGUAUGAUUACAACCUAAAGUAUUGUAAAAAAAAAUCCAUUCUUAAGACCAAUAUAUCAUGAUAGGUUAGUUGUUUUAAGAGUGGGUAAACUUGUAAUAUAUACGUUAUGAUAAAUUAUCUAUAAUAUUUUGAACCAGUGUCGAAAAAGAGGAACUUGUUUUCCAAGGUCAGUGGUAAAUUAAAGUGGCCAUUGCUGGUUUAUCUUAACACUAAAUAAAAAUAUGGUGGAACUUUGUGCACUGCACAUCUAGAUAAUCACACAUUUAAGUGAUUUUAUGAACUAGUUUUGGUUAGCAGCAAUUGACCAGUAACUUGCACUUUAUCAAGUUACAAUACAGGUUUAUGCCAUAAACUUUCUGUGAAUUAUAUAACAAAAGGAAGGGAAGAUUGCUGGAAUCUGAGAAAAUGCCUUAUGAAGGGCUCAUAACAUUUUACAAACAAGCAUUAAUCCAGUAAAGUUCCUUUCAGCUAUAUAUGUAAUAGCUAAAAACCACAGAUCUCAAUAUGUAAUACUGGGCAUGUCUACACAAGCAUUAGUACGCUAUUGUUACUACGCAUUAAGUUUAGUCUCCGUAAUAACAGUAACUCAAUGUGCAGUAACUGGUCCUAAUGCACAGUAGUGCCGACAUAUCAUCUUUUAGUGACACUAACGCAUAGCAGACUAAUUCUACUGAGCAUUAGCAUGGUUUUUGCUGUGAUGCACUGAUGUGCAGUAGAACUACUCUACUGCACAUUUAGCGUCUCUUGUAGACGUACCACUUUGUGUUUUAAUGUCAGUGGCUGUUAGUUUCCUGAGCAUUCCAAUUUGUAUCUUUUUUAUGUGAAGGCUUUGGGUUUUUUUGAGGAAAAAAUUGCUUUAAAAAACCCCACUGUCUUUUCUUAACUUCGUUUUUUUUCUUUCAGGUGAUUUGGCUUUUGAAAGGUAGGAUACUUGGAAAAGCAGGAAGGAUUCAUGAAUUUUCAUGUCUGAAAAAUCAAAUUUUUACCAAUUUCAAUGUGAAAAUGAAUAUCUUCUUUUUCCCGUUUUCAUUUUUACUUAAAUAUUUAACUAAUUUUGAGUAAAAAAAUGCCUCACAUCAUUCAAAGACUAUCAUAUUUUUGCUCAAGAAGCCAUUUCAGAGUUUUCAUCCUAUUGCUGUAAAAUAGGAUGUGCUGAAAUUCUUUGAAUUCUGCUGGAAGUAUCUCACAAUUCCCUAGUGUUAGUUGCAAGGGCAGCUGCAAUCUGUUUAUUAUUAUGCAAGUCGGUCAUCCUGUUUGAGUCAGGCAUCUUAUUUGAUGAAUGCAGCAGUGCAGCCCUCCAUUGCACUGUGCUUUGUCCCCUCUGGGUGUGUUUACACGUUCAUUAAUGCACCAUAAUGGUGGUGCGUUAUGUUUAGUGCCUGUAAUAAUAGGUACUAACUUAAUGUACUGUAAUCGGCGCUACUGUGCACUAAUGCAGAUGAACGCGUUUUGUGUGACGCUUAAUGUCCAUUGGACUAACGCUACCGUGUACUAGUAUAUUAGCAUGGUUUUUGCCAGCCACGCUAGUGAGCAGUAAAGUUAGUCCAAUGGGCAUUAAUCAUCUUGUGUAAUGCAUUCCUUGAGUAGACUAUUUUAAAGCUACUAAAGACAGCUUUCAACUCCAGUUGACAUCAAGGUUGUACAGGAUCAGUCCUGUAGAUUGAAGUAGCAGUUUUACCAUGCCAGAGCCACUAAAUGAUCUAGAUGCUGCAAUGUCUAAUGUUUAGGCGACUUGCUACCAACUGGAAUUUUCACCCCAAGUUAGAGGCCUAGGCUUCCUGUGCAGUGAAGGGAUAGAGUUCAAGGCAGUAAUGUAAUAAUGGGUAGACAAGGUAGGGCACUGGAUUAGAGCUAGGAGGAGCAUUCAUUCUCUUGUCCUCUUAUCCCCUUCCCUCCCUCUCUUCACUCUGCAUAUUUCCUGCAGUGACUUCAGCUCCAACAGCAGGGAUGGCAGAGCUGCGGCAAAUGCACAAAGUGCAGGAGCAGCAGCCAGAGGUUUCACCUGUCUUGAGGAUUCAUGUCAGCAGCAAAAAAAAGGAGGUGACCUCUCCCCUAGCAACAUCAUGGGCCCUGCUGCUGCUCUGCCAUUAUUAUCAGAACCAGAGCUACUGCAGGGAAGGUGCAGGGGUUACAUUGCUGACAAACGUUGACUCCCUGCAGGAAAGACAGGUAGAAAAACAUUUGAUUUGUGACUCCUAUGAGGGCUUUGGUGACUGAUAGGUGCUUAGCUGCUUAGCACUACAAAGACUUGGCCUAGGUUUUAAAUGUGUGUAGGCACCAGACAUCACUGUCAUUUUAUGGCUCAAGCCUUCUGGAUGUAGUCUACCUACAGUUGAUAUGGGACAGAUCCUUGGGUAACAGGGUGGCAUUUUAUGUUACCACUGCAGCCUCACCAAACGUAAGCAAUCUUUUGAUGACUUUGUGAUCUAGAUGUGUAGAGCCACCCUGACUGUGCUUCAGUAGUCACUAAUGCCCAUUAAUAGGGAAGGAUUAGAUUUUAUGGGUAAGAACAGUGAAAAAAUGUUUUGACAUACAAUUUUUGCAGGUAGAUAACAUGUGGCCAAACUUGUGGCUGUUCUCUGUGUAGGUGCAUUUGCAGACAAUAAUGUCUGGAGAGCCACUCCUUUUACGCAUGGAUUAGGCACAAUCAGAAGUGUAGCAAGGUCUUUUAGCACCUGGGACAGAGGCGGGGUAUGUGGGGGCUGGUGUGUGGUGGGGGUAGGGAAGGGGGAGGUGGAAUUAUGCUGACCAGGAGAGGGGGAGGGAGAGAAGAAUCCUGUCUUCCUGGCUCUCCACACUCCUGCAGCAGCUGCUACUGCUUUGGCUGCUGUUGUAGCAGCACAGGCUUUGACUACUAAUGCUGGAAGAAAGACAGUGGCAUGCGUUCCCCAGGGGUCACUCCUGGUGCUCCAUUCAUUUGCUCCCUCUCCCUAGGUGCGGGGCUGUAAAUCCUGUGUCAAAGCCCUCCCCUCCCCCCCCCCCCGGGGUGAGUAGGGGCAUCAUUACAUACUCUCUCCCCCUCAGAUACACUGCCGGGCACAAGGCUGUGCCUGCCCAGUUCCAACAGCUGGGUGGUGCAGGGCUAGGCCUGCCAUGGUAAAAAUUAAUGAAGGGAGGGGACCGCAAUGGUGCCCCCAAGGCUGGUACCCUGCUUGUCCCCUCUUCCUCAUCUCUACCCCUAUUGCCACUGGGUGCAAUGCAGAACUUAUGCUAGAUUUGAGACCAGGCUUGGGCACCCCAGCCAUGGCUGCCAGCAGUUGCAAGACUAUGCCAAGACAUACAGUGCACCUUUCAAAAACACCAGUUAGGACCACCAUUAAGCAGGUGUUAAACCCAUGCUCUGAGCUGUUCCAAUCCAUAGCAUACUAUACAGUUAGAAAUUGCUUCUCUGAGGUGCACUGCAGUCUCAUCCUUAAGGGAUGUUUAGACAUGUUGGACAAUGUUGCUACCCAGGACCCAGUUUUGUUACACAGAUUUACUCAACAAGCUGGAACAUUUGCAGUGUGGUAGGUAGCAUGUAUUUAUAACACUGUUUUAAAAAAUGAAAUCUACCCAAAAUCUUAUCUGUUAAGGAAUCUCUAUACAAUUCUCUCCUUCACCCCAAACUUCCAGUGCACCCGCCAGUGGAUGUAUUAUGAUUUAUUAAUAAUGUAUCAGUGUUGAGAUGCUAUGUAUUUAUGUUUAGGUUCUGAACAAUGUGAUCUUCCUUUUAAAUAUUUGAUUUUUAAAUGUUGUAAAUGUUGUACCUAUGUGUAAAUAAACGGAGGUUUUAAAUAUACAAGCAA